GCAACAAAAGAGAUUGCCUGAAGGAACUCUGGGAACCAGAAGGAUGAUGAUUCUGCAGAAAAGGCAAGUCUUGGUUUUCUUUGUUUUGCUGGGAUUGUCUAGGGCAAGUACUGAAUCUUUGCACUAUUCUGUAGCAGAGGAAACAGAAAUUGGCUCUUUUGUGGCUAACCUGGCCAAGGAUCUGGGGCUGGGAGUAGCGGAGCUGUCCUCCAGGGAGGCCAGAGUAGUGUCAGAUGAUAAUAAAAAGCGUUUACACCUUAAUUUGCUGACGGGAGAUAUGCUCGUGAGUGAGAGACUGGACCGGGAAGAGCUGUGUGGCUCCUCCCAGCCCUGUGUGCUGCCUUUUCAGGUGGUUCUGGAAAACCCUUUACAGUUUCAUCGAGCUGAGCUGCAUGUCAGAGAUAUAAAUGAUCACUCCCCCACAUUCCUGGACAAGGAAAUAUCUAUUAAAAUACCGGAAAGUGCAUUGAUCGGAGCCACAUUUUUAAUUGAGAAUGCACAAGAUCUGGACGUAGGAAGCAAAGGUCUCCAGGACUACACCAUUAGUCCCAAUUCUCAUUUCUAUGUUAAAAUUCACGACAGCAGUGAUGGAAAGAUGUAUCCGGAGCUGGUUCUAGACAGAGCUUUAGAUCAUGAGGAGGAAUCUGAGCUUAGACUGACACUUACAGCCUUGGAUGGUGGGUCUCCACCCAGGUCUGGGACAACAUCGGUUCUCAUAAAGGUUAUGGACAUCAAUGACAACGCUCCCGAGUUUGCUCAGAGUUUCUAUGAGGUGCAGGUCCCAGAGGACACGCCCGUUGGUUCCAGUAUUAUUGCUAUCUCUGCUACAGAUUUAGAUAUGGGAAAUUAUGGGAAAAUAUCAUAUUCAUUUUUGCAUGCAUCAGAAGGCAUUAGAAAAACCUUUAAAAUCAACCCAACAUCUGGGGAAGUCAACUUGAGAUCAUUACUGGAUUUUGAAGUAAUACAAUCCUACUCUGUAAAUAUCCAAGCAACAGAUGGUGGAGGUCUUUCAGCAAAAUGCACUCUUUCAGUUAAAGUAUUGGAUAUAAACGACAAUGCACCAGAAGUGACCAUAUCAUCGAUUACAAAGACAGUUCCAGAGAAUGCUUCAGAGACCCUGGUCGCUCUUUUCAGUGUCCGAGAUCAAGAUUCUGGGGACAAUGGAAGGAUCCUUUGCUCUAUUGAGGACGACCUUCCAUUUAUCCUGAAACCCACCUUCAAGAACUUUUUCACUCUACUCUCUGAAAAAGCACUGGACAGAGAGAGCAGAUCUGAGUACAACAUCACGAUCACAGUCAGCGACAUGGGCACACCCAGGCUCUCAACCCAGCACACCAUAACAGUGGAGGUCUCUGACAUCAACGACAAUGCCCCCACCUUCACUCAAAGCUCCUACACCCUGUUUGUCCACGAGAACAACAGCCCCGCCCUGCACAUAGGCACCAUCAGCGCCACAGACUCAGACUCAGGCUCCAAUGCCCACAUCACCUACUCGCUGCUGCCCACCCACGACCCACAGCUGCCCCUCUCCUCGCUCAUCUCCAUCAAUGCCGACAAUGGGCAGCUGUUCGCGCUCAGGGCGCUGGACUACGAGACCCUGCAGAGCUUCGAGUUCCGAGUGAGCGCCAAAGACCAAGGCUCGCCUGCACUCAGUAGCCAGGCGCUGGUGCGCGUGCUGGUGCUGGACGCCAACGACAAUGCGCCCUUCGUGCUCUACCCGCUGCAGAACGCCUUCACAGAGCUGCUGCCCAGGGCGGCAGAGCCUGGCUACCUGGUCACCAAGGUGGUGGCUGUGGACCGCGACUCUGGCCAGAACGCCUGGCUGUCGUUCCAGUUGCUCAAGGCCACGGAGCCUGGACUGUUCAGCGUGUGGGCUCACAAUGGCGAGGUGCGAACCUCCAGGCUGCUGAGCGAGCGCGAUGCUUCCAAGCACAGGCUGCUGCUGCUGGUCAAGGACAAUGGCGAUCCUCCGCGGUCUGCCAGUGUCACUCUGCAUGUGCUGGUGGUGGAUGGCUUCUCUCAGCCCUUCCUGCCUCUGCCUGAGUUGGCGCGCGACUCCACCCAGGACGAGGAUGCGCUCACGCUGUACCUGGUCAUUGCCUUGGCGUCUGUGUCUUCGCUCUUCCUCUUGUCUGUGCUGUUGUUCGUGGGGGUGAGGCUGUGCAGGAGGGCCAGGGCGUCCACUCUAGGUGACUACUCUGUGCCUGAGGGACACUUUCCUGGCCACCUGGUGGACAUCAGCGGCACGGGAACCCUGUCCCAGAGCUACCAGUAUGAGGUGUGUCUGACGAGAGGUACUGGGACUAAUGAGUUCAAAUUCCUGAAGCCAGCUCUCCCCAGUCUUCAACUCCACGAUGCUGGUUCUAAUAUGCAGGAAAAGGAGAACUUUCGGAAUAGUCUUGGAUUUAACAUCCAAUAAAAUCUCCUUUAAACUCUGAAUAUUAGCCGGGCGGCGGUGGCGCACGCCUUUAAUCCCAGCACU